CGCGGCGCUGGGCUCGGCGGUGCGCUGCGCUCUGCACGCCGGCUGCAAGCGCGAGGGGCUGCUGAGCGCCCGGCGGACCCAGGCGGCGCCCGGUCGACGCGGGCCCGACCUCCCUCCAGUUGCUUUCACUUAUUAACUUCUGAGGUAAACAAAUUGAAAGAAUGAGUGAACUGGAACAAUUGAGGCAGGAAGCCGAACAACUGCGGAAUCAGAUCCAGGAUGCUAGAAAAGCGUGUAAUGAUGCAACACUUGUUCAGAUCACAUCAAAUAUGGAUUCCGUGGGCCGAAUACAAAUGCGAACGAGACGUACACUGAGGGGUCACCUAGCCAAAAUCUAUGCCAUGCACUGGGGAUAUGAUUCAAGGCUACUAGUCAGUGCUUCCCAAGAUGGAAAAUUAAUUAUUUGGGAUAGCUAUACAACAAAUAAGAUGCAUGCUAUUCCUUUGCGGUCCUCCUGGGUGAUGACCUGUGCUUAUGCUCCCUCUGGUAAUUACGUUGCUUGUGGAGGACUGGACAACAUCUGCUCCAUAUAUAACUUAAAAACCAGAGAAGGAAAUGUGAGAGUGAGCCGAGAGUUACCAGGUCACACGGGCUACUUGUCCUGCUGCCGUUUUUUAGAUGACAGCCAAAUUGUUACAAGUUCAGGAGAUACAACUUGUGCUUUGUGGGACAUCGAAACUGCCCAGCAGACCACCAUGUUCACUGGGCAUUCUGGAGAUGUCAUGAGUCUUUCUCUGAGUCCCGACAUGAGGACUUUUGUCUCUGGUGCUUGUGAUGCCUCUUCCAAGUUAUGGGACAUUCGAGAUGGAAUGUGUAGACAGUCUUUCACUGGACACGUAUCGGAUAUUAAUGCUGUCAGUUUUUUCCCAAACGGAUAUGCCUUUGCCACUGGCUCUGAUGAUGCCACUUGCCGGCUCUUCGACCUCCGUGCAGACCAAGAGUUGUUAUUGUAUUCUCACGACAAUAUCAUCUGUGGAAUCACUUCCGUAGCCUUCUCCAAGAGCGGGCGCCUUCUGUUAGCUGGUUAUGAUGACUUUAAUUGUAACGUAUGGGACACGCUAAAAGGAGACCGUGCAGGUGUCCUUGCUGGUCAUGACAACCGUGUCAGCUGUUUAGGUGUAACUGAUGAUGGCAUGGCUGUAGCAACAGGCUCUUGGGACAGUUUUCUUAGAAUCUGGAAUUAACAAUGCAUACGAAGUUUCUCUUCUCCGUCGGUAUCUGGAGAAAUCAGUGCUACAGCCUAUAGCUGUGAAAAAAAUUCUACCUUAUAUUUGCAGGUGAAGAUUUUUCUAUUGAGAUUAUUAUAUACAAAAAGCAGCUUUCAGUAAACUAUAAAACACACAAAAAAAAGGUGGAAAAAACAAGGCAAAGGUGCUUGCUGAGAUCAAAAAGACCAGUGUGUUAAUUUGAGCAGUCGAGCUGAUUUAACCUGAUGAAUUUUUGCUUGUACUCAGUCUAAUUCUUUAUUUUCUUUGUGUAGAACAGAAUAUACACAUUAUAGCAGCCUCUAUCAUGUUUGAUUGUUUGCAUUUUUUAAGAACUACAUUUUUAACUUUGUAUGCGUAAGAAAUGUCACAUUUUUGAGCUUUGUAAUGGAGGAACCAAGCACAGUAACAGGUGGAAGUGAUAUCAUACGUGUGUGUGAUGUUAAGCAAGUCUCCUUGAAUUCUGACCUUCCUUUUUAGUUGAAAAGAGAUCCUGGUUGCUUAGUGUUUAAGAAUGCUGACAGGCCUCGGUACCUCUGAGGGGAGUCCUUUUGAAUGUUAUUAGUUUCUGGUGCAUCCUUUGCCAUCUUAACAGUUUAAAUAAAUGCUCUUUUUCAGUUCUUUGAGGGGGAGAUAAUCUGAAGGCCAGGGAAUAAAGAUUUCACUCUGAAAUUUUAGACAUACAUAAGAAAAAAUUAUAUUAAUAAUGGGUAGAUAGCAGUAAUUGCGUAUAAACAGUUCUCGACAUUUUAAAAAGCUGGUUAUGAUCAAAUGACACUUUGAGUAACCCUCUAAAUAGUUGGCCUUUCCUAUUGAUUUCAUAUUCUAGCACUGAGUUUGUAGAGUGCACUCAUUAUUUCAGAGAUUGAGAACAUUUGGAUGGUCCUUGUGUCUAAAGAAUUUUUCCCAGUGUUCCCCGUCAGUAUGCAUCUAGAUAGGAAAUGUGAUGGUGUUACGUUUAUGAAAGAAGUGUAAAAUCUAACCAUUUACUAGACCUGAUUAGUUAUAAUUGUAACAAGGUGGAUUUAUGAAUUUAUGUUGACAUAAUAUAAAAUCUGAACUGAUGUAAACUGUGCCUUCAAAGUUUAAAAAAGGAAACAUUCAAGCUUUUUGCUCUUCUGUAAUAUUUCUUCCCUUAGCAUAAGAUACUGGUUUCUAAGUGGUUUUGCUUCCAAGGAUGCCUAGACCCAAGUGACCCCACUUGAAAGCCAAAAGAAAAAUUGCAAGAGCAGUUCUUAAAGGAAAAUCGUAAGCAGUUCUUGUGUUUGUCAAUGGUAUGAUAAUGUGACUAUCACUAGGAGGGCCCCCCUGAAUUUAAACAAACAUACUUUUCCCGUUGAAUUUUCUCCUACAAAUAAAUCUAAAUGAUUGACAAAUAGAACAUUGUUAGUCUUGCUUGAUGGUGAAUAGAGAAGUGUAUUGUGUUUUGUAACGUAGUAAACUGUCUGUUACUGUUGAGAUGGUCUCUGUUAACUUUUGAUCACCUGUAACCCUAACCUAAAUACUCCCAAAUUUUACUUGUAAAUUUUCAUUUUUAUAUCGUGAAUGUGCUAAGUGCAUCAACUAACUAUAAUAAAGUCGGUGUCAGUUUUGUUUGAGAUCAGUUGAUAUUAAAAGUAGAGAAUAAAAUGGAUAAAGGAAGAUUAAGAUACAGGACCAAAAAACCAGACUAUUGUAGAUGGCAAGCAUGAAUGUAUAUUUAUAUACACAUUAUUAUAAGAUUUCUAUGGACUUUUUGCUGUUAAUGUUUGUGGACUAUUUAUAUCACUUCAUAAAGAGCAGCUCUUUGAGAUAAGGCAAGAAUAUUUUAAAAGAACAUAUUCAUUUCCCAAAAAAGGGAGGAGGUGAGGGUUUGCCAUGCAGUUCAGUCAUUCAUUCCAAAACCCUGUUCAGAAAGC